GAAGUUGUGAAGAUGCCCUUGGAACUGACUCAGAGCCGAGUGCAGAAGAUAUGGAUUCCUAUCGAUCAUCGCCCCUCAUUGCCCAGAUCCUGUGGGCCGAAGCUGACCAACUCCCCCACAGUGAUUGUCAUGGUUGGCCUCCCAGCCCGGGGGAAGACUUACAUCUCAAAGAAGUUGACACGCUACCUCAACUGGAUUGGCGUCCCAACAAAAGUGUUCAACGUGGGUGAGUAUCGCCGGGAGGCUGUGAAGAAAUACAGCUCCUACGACUUCUUUCGCCCUGACAAUGAAGAGGCCAUGAAAGUCCGGAAACAGUGUGCCUUAGCAGCCUUGAGAGAUGUCAAAACAUACCUGAUGCAGGAAGGAGGCCAAAUUGCGGUUUUUGAUGCCACCAAUACUACUAGAGAGAGAAGACACAUGAUCCUUCAUUUUGCCAAAGAAAAUGAUUUCAAGGUGUUUUUCAUUGAGUCUGUGUGUGAUGACCCUACAGUUGUAGCCUCCAACAUCAUGGAAGUGAAAAUCUCCAGUCCGGAUUACAAACAUUGCAACUCAGCAGAAGCCAUGGAGGACUUCAUGAAGAGAAUUAACUGCUAUGAAGCCCACUAUCAACCCCUUGACCCCGAUAAAUGUGACAGGGACUUGUCACUCAUCAAGGUGAUCGAUGUUGGCCGGAGGUUCUUGGUGAACAGAGUCCAGGACCACAUCCAGAGCCGAAUUGUGUACUAUCUGAUGAACAUCCACGUGCAGCCCCGCACCAUCUACUUAUGUCGGCAUGGGGAGAAUGAGUACAACCUCCUAGGGAAGAUCGGAGGUGACUCUGGCCUGUCCAGCAGGGGCAAGAAGUUUGCCAAUGCCCUGAGCAAGUUUGUGGAGGAACAGAACCUGAAGGACCUUAAGGUGUGGACCAGCCAGCUGAAAAGUACCAUCCAGACAGCAGAAGCCCUUAAACUUCCCUAUGAGCAGUGGAAGGCACUCAACGAAAUUGAUGCUGGCGUUUGUGAGGAGAUGACCUACGAGGAGAUCAAGGAGACCUACCCUGAGGAAUAUGCCCUGCGUGAACAGGACAAAUACUAUUACCGCUAUCCCACUGGUGAGUCCUACCAGGACCUGGUCCAGCGUUUGGAGCCAGUGAUCAUGGAGCUGGAGCGUCAGGAGAAUGUGCUGGUGAUUUGUCACCAGGCUGUCCUGCGUUGCCUCUUGGCCUACUUUCUAGAUAAGAGUGCAGAGGAGAUGCCCUACCUGAAAUGCCCUCUUCACACAGUCCUGAAGCUGACACCUGUUGCUUAUGGUUGCCGGGUAGAAUCCAUCUAUUUGAAUGUGGAGUCUGUGAGCACACACCGGGAAAGGUCAGAGGAUGCAAAGAAGGGACCUAACCCACUCAUGAGACGCAAUAGUGUCACCCCACUAGCCAGCCCUGAGCCCACCAAAAAGCCUCGCAUCAACAGCUUUGAGGAGCAUGUGGCUUCUUCUUCUGCUGCCCUGCCCAACUGCCUGCCCCAGGAGGUGCCCACGCAGCUGCCCGGACAACCUUUGCUAGGGAAAGCCUGUUUACGAACUGUCUGUCACAUUUUCUCAAAGUUUUCUCCUUACUAA